AUGGACCCACCAAAGGAGAGCCUCAAGCAGCAACAGGAGGAGGCUGUCAUUACCUCGAUGAUGGCAAACACUCAUAAACCACUUCCCACUUCAGCCAGCGCCGCUCCCAUGGUGACAUGUCCUCUUGAAAAAGGAGAUGUAGAAACAGGGACAAGCACACAGCAACAUGCUGAGCAAAACAAUACUAGAACCAGUAGACAUCCCACCAUGAGUCGACUUCCACAAAAUGAUUAUUCAACCCGCCAUGUCCGUAUAGACCAUCUUCCAGCGGCUUUCAACCAAGAGGAGAACCUUCCAGGGGCAUUUUCUGUUCAGGGCAUUGGGGCAUCACUGCAAAUCAGUUCCAAUUCUCAUUUUGUUGAAGAAUCAGAAGCUACUGUGGCGGAAACGGAGCCCGUGAUUGGUGACACAGUAAUCCUUGAUGAAGGAGAAGAAAAAGAGGACGAACACAUGAUGUUUCGUCACCGAUCCAGUCGGAGAACUGUUGAAGUAAUCGAGGCGAAGAUUAUUCCAGAACAAGAAAAAAGCUGGAAGGUGUACCUAUUGCUGGCCAUAUCCUGCUUAUUGGUAGUUGGUUUGGUUGUCUUUCUUGUGGUGUACCUGACCCCACAAGAGAAAACGGAGGAAGUACCAGCAGACCACGAUGCAAACAAGACAAUCAAUCAACCAGUCAUGUAUCCCCCCUUUCAAGAAGACCUUCCAAUUUCCAUUCAGAAGGAAAUUCAGACUGUCCACUCUCCAUCCUACAAAGCCAAUGCUUGGAUGUGGAAUGAUCCAUACAGAGACACCUACUCAUGGGAUCGACAGAAGCAAAGAUUUGACAUGGCUUUCCUCUACUAUCUUACCAAUGGAGACCACUGGUUUCAAAAUGACAACUGGCUCAGUUAUACAGAGUCAGAGUGUUACUGGUUCUCACAGGCCAACAAAGAGAGCAUUGCCAGAUAUGAUGACUACCCAGUGUGCGACAAAGACAGCAAUCUGCUCAAGAUCAGUCUGGCCAGUAACAACUUGCAGGGGAUACCUUGGAAAUAUUCGUGUCUUUGA